GGGGAUAUUUCAAAGCUAACGUGGCAUAAUCUCCUGCAUCAAUGGAUUAUCUCUCGCUGAUUGUUUUUAGUUUUACUACUAACUUUUUGUGUUUAAUUUUGUUGAGUUUUUCAGUCACUUAAUUUCUCCAAUUUUUUUCUUUUUUAACUUUCAGAAGAACAAAUCUUCUAAGUCUCCACCAAAUCAAAGCAAAAAGAACCGAUAAAAUCAAUGGCAUCGUCAACAUCAAAGCUGGCGUUUCGUAUAGUACUGGCGGCGCUCAUCCUCUUGGCUCUCUUCUACGUCUGCCGUCCGCUUUACUGGAAGAUCUCCGCCACCGUCCACGACAUCCGCCACAAUAAACAAACCGUUCAAGAAGGUAUUUCACAGAUAAUGCUGGAGGCUCAGAGAUCAGUGGGGUGGUUUAAUGACGAAUCAGACUCAGGAAUCCAUGAAAAUCGUGGUAAGCAAGCUUCAAGGAGAUUGAAAUUUAGGGUUUUGUGAUGGGAUUCCCCUCUUUUGAUUCUUAUGUUAAUUAAUGGAGUUUUAUCUCAUAAUUUUAAUAAGUUUAGUUUGAUUGAGUUCUUCUUAUUAGAAUUUUUUUGUUGAUGUUUUAGAUUGGAAAUGGGUUUUUUUUUAGAGGAAAAUGUGAGAGUUUUGAUGUUGAAUUAUUAUAGUUUUACUGCAGUUAAUGCAUAUGGGAUUUGAAUAUGGAAA